AUCAAAAGAAGAAGUGUUGGAUGGUGUGUCACACUCUCUUUCUUCCGGGUUUGCCUGAUCCUGCUCCACGUGAAUCAUGUCAGCAGAGCAGAUCGCAAUGGAUGGAAACGUGGACGAGCACUUCGCGUCGUUUCUGGCCCUUCAUACAGAAGCCCUCAGGGCCGCAGGGAUCCCCCUCAUCUACUGGAAGAGCCUGCAUCACAAAAUCACCAGCGAGAUUUACGAUGCUGGGGAGAUUUUCGGAAUCAUGCAAAUCCAACAAGAAGACGGCGACGAGGAGGAAGAGGAGGAACAUGGAGACAACGAGAAGAAGAAGGGAAAUCCCACACCUGUGAUCGGCUGUAAAGUGGUUGUGACCAGGGACAGUGGGCUGCAAGCUUCGGAUCCGACCAGUGUUUUCUUGGUGGAUCAUGCCUGGACGUACCGUGUGGAACACACUCGUCAGCAGCUGGAGCAGAUCCCAGGUCUGCUGUCUAGAAUGGCUGCCCUCAUGGGGUUGGACUUCCAUGGUGAGGCCCCUGACCCGGACACGGUGGAGGAAGUGAUGGAGCACAUGUGGAAGUACAACCAGACCUAUCACCUCUCUCAGGGGUCAGCAGAGGAGAAGGUUCCUGUGUGGUACAUCAUGGAUGAGUUUGGCUCCCAGGUACAGCACUCUGAUCAGCCCAGCUGUGGCAUGGCUCCCUUUUUCUACAUUCAUGGCCAAGUUGCCUACACUGUCCUCUGGCCUCUGCAGGACCUGCAGGAAGGAGAUGAAGUAACCCGUGAUUACACAUAUGGGGAGACAAACCCCCUGGUGAGGCGAUGCCGACUUAUACCGUGGAUACCUACUGAUCUAGAAGGGGUCAGCAGUGCCACUGCAGAACCCCUGGACUCAUACUAUGAGACGAUUUCAAGAGAAAACAAGGAGCAGCUUCCAGUGGAAAUCCAACCAUACACUGUGCCCAAGGACAAAAUCCUUAAAGUUUACACUGAAAUGUCACAAGUAAGAAACAACCUGACACAUCCACAGUUCCAGCUGACAGAAGAGGAGGAAGAAGCUGAUAUUAUUUGGGGCUAUGACCACAUCAAAGAUUAUAGAAAACUGAGUGAGGAGAGACCCCAUGUGAUGCUCAACCAAUUUCCCUGUGAGAGCAUCAUUACUGUGAAAGACUGUCUGGCUGCUGUGGCCCGCAGAGUAAAAAGCGGAACCGGACCUGAUUGGCUACCAGAGACCUUCAACCUCCAGACAGAACUUCCAAAGUUCAUCAAGCAUUAUCAACUGAGACAACAAUGCGGAGAGGAUAACCACUGGAUCUGUAAGCCUUGGAACCUGGCCCGUGGACUGGACACACACAUCACCAACAACCUUAACUACAUCAUCAGACAGAGGGAGAGUACACCAAAGGUAGUGUGCAAGUACCUUGAAGAUCCGGUGUUGUUUAACAGGGAGGAGGUGGGAAUGGUGAAGUUCGACAUUCGCUACAUGCUGAUGCUGCGCUCUGUGCAGCCUCUGCGUCUUUAUGCCUACAAUGUCUUCUGGUUGCGUUUUGCCAACAGGCCUUUCCUCAUGAAUCACUUUGAUGAUUACCAACAGCACUUCACCGUUAUGAACUAUGCAGAGGGUGUAGAGCUUAAGCAGGUGCACUAUGACGAGUUCAUCCCAGAGUUUGAGAAGCAGAACCCACAGUAUCCAUGGAAGGAGGUAGAAGCUGAGUUGUUUAAAGCAUUCAGGGAGCUUUUCCAGGCAGCCUCCUCUCGACCAGCUCCAUACGGGAUUUGCUCCUACCCAUCGUCCCGAGCAAUAUAUGCUGUAGACGUCAUGCUGAAGUGGAGUACAGGAGAUAAUGGUGAGCGGAUCAUGCAACCCCAGAUCUUGGAGGUGAAUUUCAGCCCAGACUGCACUCGAGCCUGCCUGUACCAUCCAUCCUUCUACAACCACAUGUUUCAGACGCUGUUCCUGGAUCAGCCCGAGCAGUGCCCUGUCACACAAAUCAUAUAAUCAACUCCAAUCAGUGCCAAGUGGUGUGCUUAUAGUUUUGUAAUGUCUGUUUUUUCAGACAUACAAACAUAAAGACGAACAUUUGUGUUCAGGUCUGUGCUUUUCUGUCUCUUUGACAUUUUCUCUGUAUCUGGUUUACUGAUUGUUUCCUCCUUUUGAUUUUAAGAACUAAUAAAAAAGGUUUGCUUUCCCAGCUCCAGCCCUCA